CUUUUAUUCAAAUUUAAAAACUGAUGUAUACUUUGAAGUCCAAACUUUCAACACAAGCUGAAAUAGAGACUCAGCGUGGCAAUUUGGAGGUGCGACACACAGUGUGUUAAUAACACUCACCAUCAUUCCACCUUCAAAGUGCUAAUGCUACCUUAUCUUAAAUCUGUCUUAAUAAACAACACUGUCAUAUGGAGAACUAGGGUGACACUAGGGGUGGCAAGAGAUCAUUUUAGGGUGGCACAUGCUACCCCUCUAAAUCUGCCCCUGGGUGAUGGAGACCUUCAUCUAGAGGAAAUGUUGUAAAACUUAUGAAAAUACAGUUAAAAGAAAAAAAAAAUGCCCACACUAACAUCUUCUAGUGUCUCCUUAAACUGGAUGUGUUGCUUUCACGCAGAACAGUUACCCGGGGGUGGCCGUGUCCCAUGAUCUCUCUGUGAUCUGGUCCCUGAAAGCCGCGGGUGCUGUGUGGGCUUCGGGGGUGCAGCGGAGCAGUAGCAGAUCUCCGGCGCUAGGGGGUGUAAAGAAUAAAGGAGGGCUUUAUGGAGGAUAGGCUCUGACGUAAGGGACGUCGUAAUUUCCACGAUUCUUUUAUACGUUCAGAGAGUAGAGCAGAGAAGCACGCUGCUCUGAGUCACACCAACAGACACGCCGUGGACUCCUCGUGGCUGAGGCCGGCCUGAGCAUCAGAGCGACCGGCACAUCAGACCGGUGACAGAGGGGGCCGAGGCGGCGAGACGGGAAGCUUUGUGCGGCAGACAGAAGAGGAACCAGCUCAGCCAGCGAUGUCAGGGCUGAAGAAGAGAAACUCCAACUCGUCCGUGGACAGGGAGGAGGAUAGGCAGGUCACUGAGAGGAUGCUGUCCCCGGGUAGCGGCGGUGAUAGGGGGGGCUUCGGUCAGGAUGGAGCACCGGCAAGCGACCUCAGCAGCCCCGGCAACGUCACAGCAGGAGACGGAGGGGAGGAAGGGGUCGCCCUGAAGAGGACCAUCACGCUGUUGAACGGCGUGGCCAUCAUCGUGGGCACCAUCAUCGGCUCGGGCAUCUUUGUCACGCCGACAGGCGUAGUGAGGGAGGCUGGCUCUGUGGGUCUGUCCCUCAUAGUGUGGGCGGUGUGCGGGGUCUUCUCCACAGUGGGCGCCCUCUGCUACGCGGAGCUGGGGACCACCAUCACCAAGUCCGGCGGCGACUAUGCCUACAUCUUGGAAGUGUACGGCUCCCUGCCGGCAUUCCUCAAACUCUGGAUCGAGCUGCUUAUCAUCCGGCCGUCCUCCCAGUAUAUCGUCGCCUACGUCUUCGCCACCUACCUCCUGAAGCCGCUGUUCCCCGUGUGCUUGGUGCCGGAGACCGGGGCCAAGCUAGUGGCCUGCCUCUGCAUCAUGUUGUUAACCUUUGUGAACUGCUACAGCGUGAAGGCGGCCACCAGAGUGCAGGACUUCUUCGCGGCAGCCAAGCUUCUAGCGCUCGCGCUCAUCAUAAUCAUCGGAUUUGUCAAGAUUGGACAAGGUGAUACAGCCGGACUUCUUCCAGAGAAUUCCUUCAAGGGGUCCAAAUAUGAGUUUGGAAGUAUUGGCCUGGCACUCUACAGUGGCCUGUUUGCUUACGGUGGCUGGAACUACUUGAAUUUUGUUACAGAGGAGAUGAUUGAACCUUACAAAAACCUUCCUCGAGCCAUCAUCAUCUCCCUUCCGAUAGUGACAGCAGUGUAUGUUCUAACAAACUUGGCCUAUUUCACCACACUCUCCCCCGAUCAGAUGCUUAACUCAGAGGCUGUGGCCGUGGAUUUUGGUAACUACCACCUGGGUCCCAUGGCGUGGAUCAUCCCGGUGUUUGUAGGCCUGUCGUGCUUCGGAUCAGUCAACGGCUCACUGUUCACAUCAUCCAGGUUAUUCUUUGUGGGUUCUCGGGAGGGUCACCUGCCCAGUCUGCUGUCAAUGAUCCACCCCACUCUGCUGACCCCACUCCCCUCACUUAUAUUCACUUGUUUAAUGACGCUGCUCUACGCCUUCUCCAACGACAUCUUCUCCGUCAUAAACUUCUUCAGCUUCUUCAACUGGCUCUGCAUCGCCAUGGCAAUCAUAGGAAUGAUGUGGCUCCGCUAUAAGAAGCCUGAGCUGGAUCGACCAAUAAAGGUGAACAUUCUGCUACCAGUGAGCUUUGUGUUAGCCUGCCUCUUCCUUAUCAUCGUCUCCUUCUGGAAGACUCCAGUCGAGUGCGCCAUCGGCUUUGGAAUCAUCGGCACUGGACUGCCCGUCUAUUUUAUUGGUGUGUGGUGGCAGACUAAACCCAAGUGGCUGCAAAAUGGAAUCCACUCGACCACAGCUCUGUGUCAGAAGUUGAUGGAAGUUGUGCCUCAGCAGUCCUAAAAACCAAGUCGCCCUUUUACUUCAGCCAAAAGACCAAGCCGAUUGGGCUAAGACAUCAUAACUGAUGAUGUUUGAACUCCGUUAAUGCUUUUCACACACACACACUCUCUCUCACACGCACACACACCUCAUAAGAACUUGAUGAAGACGCCUGAAGUUAAACAGCCACCGUUAUUCUUUUGGGGUUAUUUGACCCUUUUAGUGUCAAUAAUUUGUAGUUUCUUUUCUUCUUUUCUUUUUAUAAAACAAGAACUGUUUUUUUUUUUUUUUACAUUUUCACUAAUUGUUCUGUGAAUACGUCAAAUCUGCUGUCACCAGAAACCUGUUGUAUUUAGCGGUGCCUUUACGUUGCAGAUGAAGGUGAGCGUAGGUAGACGAUGAUGCAGAACCAGCUGUCAAAAUAAACAAAAAACAAACAAACACACAACAAAUUUUCUUCAAGAAGUUGUUGCUGGAUAUACUACACACUCUGUUUUGCUCCUGCAGUCUUUACAAUUUCAGUGUUGUGUUGUUGUCUGUGCUGCUGUGCUUUUGACAGUCAGCAUCUGUUUGCCUCUCACUGUUGGUUAUUUGACCUGGCAUGUUGUGCGUCUGUGCACAAACCUGAACAGAGGCUGUGCUUUUUUUCUUUUUUAAAUAUUUAAAGACGAUCAGACUGCUGACGUCCUCUCACAUGUAGGCCUGCUGCUGUGGUUUUAUAUCGGGUCAGCGGGCAGUAAAUUAAACCUAAUGUAUGUUUCGUUUGUCUGGCUAACCAAAGCCCGACUUAAAUUUCUGUCUGAGUAUAAAAAAAAUGUGCAGUCUACUGAUUCCUCAUAGGACUUCUGUGUCUAAAGUGUCUUUUAAAUCCUCAUGUGGUUAAGCUUGACAGAGGUGCCCAUGGGAAAUAGUAUUUUCUGAAAAGUGGGUCAAAAUGUGCAACCUUUCUGCUGUUCUUUUUGUGGGGUUUUUUUUUUUUUUUUUGGUGUGUUUUUUUUUUUUUUUAGGGCAGGGGUGGGGUGAUAUUAACUGUGGGGAUCAAUAUGUUGGAUAACUGAGCCUGGCUCCCAGAGUGCUGCUUUUACUCCAUCGCACUGAAAGUGUUUGAGGCAAUGCUUCCAACUACAUGCUGCAGUAAAGCCAUGUAACACUCACAGCACGAGGUUAGAGUGGAAAGACAGAAACAAUGCAGUUUUGUUUUGUUUGUUUUUUUCUGUAGUGGAUGUCUGUGUGUGUGUGAUUGCAGAACAUAGUUGCUUUUAGGGGGACAGACAUAUGAAGCUUAAAUGCUCCCCUCUAAAUUAUUCCAUGCAAACUUUCCCCCCCCUUUUUUUUUUUUUUUCAACAAUCCCAUUCUGUUUUUGUAUUUUUGUGUUUUGGGACCGUUAAAGUGAAGUGACACAGGAGUUUCAGUCUACUUAUACCCAGACUGUCAGAGAGGAAGUUUGAUGGUUUUAUUUUUAUAAUGGGUCGGGAAGGUUCGUUGAGGGUCAGAUGGAGCACGUUUUCACAUCACAGUAUAACUGCUAGUUUUUCAUUUUUCAUCCUCGUCUUUUGUUUGUAUUUCACACACAGUAAAAGUUAAAAACAGAAAACUAGAGCUGCAUUAUUAGUGUCCACCCCGCUCCUCCUGGAAAAAGGACCAAAAGUACAGGUUACCAUGGCAGCGGUGGAUCCAGGAGGAGUGAUGUGUAUGUUAUAGAGUUAGAGCCUUCUAACACUCCAGCCAUCGCUCAGAGCUGAUGGAGAAACUAACAUAAAUGCGACUGUAGGAACUUUAUUUAUUUGUAGCAAACUUUUGAUGUGUAUUAUUAGUCGCUCUAAUUUGUUUACAGGGCAUUUUGUGAAAAGUGCUUGUCAAAUAAAUCUUGAGGUUUUUUUCCA